AUUAUUAUCAAUAGCAUCACCACGUCGUUAUUAGUUUGUUUUGUAUCUUAAAAAAAUAGAUCUAGUCAUUGUUAUUGAACUCAGGGAUAACGUGAAAAAAACUCUCAACUACAAAUGGAAAUUAAUUCAAAAAACACUUUUUAUUCGAUUUUUUUAAUAAUUUUACUAUCGGACAUAGCCGAUAGUGCUGAAUUUACAUUCGAUUUGGCAGAUAAUGAUGAGCAAUGCUUCUACGAAGUAGUUCCGAAUAAUAUUCCUUGUAAGCUAGAAUUUCAAGUCGUGAGUGGUGGACAACUCGAUGUUGAUGUUACAGUAGAAGCACCCAACCAAAAUUUAAUCUACAAAGAAUUACGAAAGGAAUAUGACACAUUCAUGUUCAAUACGACGGAAGCCGGCGAAUUUGCGAUCUGUUUUAGCAAUCAGUUUUCAACCUUCACGCACAAAUCUAUAUUCAUGUCGUUUGUAGCAGAUGAGAAAAAUCAACUGUUUGAAGGGUCGAAUCAUGACAUUCAUGAUACAGUUAUGACAUUUAUGGAAACAACGGCGGAAGAAAUUCACGACACUUUGAAUGAUGUUAUAAAUGGACAAAUGCAUUAUCGCUUGCAAGAAUCUCAUGGACGUCGCUUUGCAGAGGAAUUAAAUGAACGAGUUCUUGGAUGGUCUUUAAUGCAGACAUUUGUAAUUGUUGCCAUAAGUGUUUCACAAGUUCUGAUUCUUCGAAAUUUCUUCAAUGAACCAAGAUCAGUAAAACCAUUAAUUCACACACGAGAACCACGCUUUGGUUAUGUACAUUAGAGUGUUUCUCAUAUCUAUAAUUUUAAAAAUGGUAUUUU